UACGCCCAGUCGGUCCGGUUACUUAGUUUUCAUUUUAUUAACGAGGUUGUCAUUUUUUUUAUUAAACACUGGAGCUGACAACAAGCGGGUGAUUGAAAUUUUUAGUGACGUCAUUUGAAUGAAACAAAAACAAAGCAAGACAAGCCAGCCAUUCACGUUGAUUCAGCAGCGCAGCACGCAGCAGCAGCCGCUUUCUGCUGGUGUGGGCGGUCAGGGGUUUCCCUUCCCGAAUGAUUUGUCGGGCGUUGUGAGCGAGACUCUGCGUCGAGGGAGAGCAACAGGUGGCCCGACAGCCGUGCUUAGGAGGUCCUUGAGCUGAGCGCGGCGGCGCGAUUUCUCGGCAGCAUUGCCGGUGCUGCGAGUCUGUCACCUGCACUUGUUCUCGGUAGCAACCCGAUUCAUCUGCACGCCUAGGACACCUUGCAGCAACGUUUCUAACAAUGCCCGACAAGAUGUGCCACAGGUUAGCGUGCCGAUGCCCUCGCUUUCGCGAUGGGCUCUGUUUCCCCGACCGGCCAUGCGCUGCCGCAUAGCCGUAAAGGACUGAGGCACAGGAUGGUGCCCCGUCUGACAGGCGACAAAGCGGCCAAGGAGAGCCAUCCACUCAAUGACCUGGCCUCCUCUACACCUGCCCACCGCAGUGAUGUCGAGUCGGGCGGAGAGGGCGACUGGACGGCCGACGAGGAGGUGACGGUGGUGGACAAGGAGCCAUUGCUACCCCGGCGGCUCAGCGCGGAUGGUGUUAAAGGUGACAGGGCCGGAACCACUACGAGUGACACCCCAGAGGCCCUCUGGUCGGUGGCUGUGCAGGUGUUUGUGCCAUUCCUCAUUGCUGGGUUUGGCACAGUUGGCGCUGGACUGGUGCUGGACGUCAUCCAGCACUGGAAAGUGUUCCAGAAGGUGUCCGAGCUGUUCAUCCUCGUGCCGGCACUACUGGGGCUCAAGGGCAACCUGGAGAUGACUCUGGCCUCGCGCCUCUCCACUCAGGCAAACUUGGGAAAGAUGGACACUUCAGCCGAGCAGUGGAGGAUGGCCACAGGGAACCUAGCAUUGCUCCAGUGCCAGGCGACCGUGGUGGGCUUCCUUGCAUCGCUGUUCGCCAUGGUGAUAGGCUGGAUCCCCGAGGGGGCGUUCAGCUGGCGGCAUGCGCUGCUGCUGUGCGCCAGCAGCCUGCUGACGGCCAGCGUGGCCAGCCUGGUACUGGGCCUGGUCAUGAUCGGAGUGGUGAUUGCCUCGCGCAAGUGCCACGUGAACCCGGACAAUGUGGCCACGCCCAUAGCGGCCUCGCUUGGUGAUCUCACCACUCUGGCGCUACUCGCCCUGGUAGCCAGUUUCCUCUACGCCUGCCUUGAGGUGCACCGAAUGUGGCUGGUGGUUGUGGUGCUGGUGGCAGUGGCGUUGCUGCUUCCCCUGUGGGGCAUAUUGGCAUGCGCCAACCCCCACACCCAGGAGGUGCUCUACACCGGGUGGACGCCUGUAAUCUCUGCAAUGGUUAUCUCCAGUGUGGGAGGCUGCAUCCUGGACUUCGCCGUCUCCCGCUUCCAUGGCAUUGCUGUCUUCCAGCCUGUCAUAAACGGCGUGGGCGGCAACCUUGUCGCAGUGCAGGCAAGCCGCAUUUCCACCUUCCUGCACCAGAGGGCGACGCUGGGGUUCCUGCCUGCUUCGGACCCAUCCGUCUGCCUGAAUCCCUUCACUGCCUUCUUCGGCAAGAGUGUGCACGCACGUACAGCUCGUGUGCUGCUCCUGAUGGUGGUUCCGGGACACCUGGUGUUCACGUACGGCAUCCGGCUGCUCAAGGCUGGCCACACGUCGGUCACGCCCAUCUUCCUCGUAGUCUACCUCACUGCUGCCGUGCUGCAGGUGCUGCUUCUACUGUACAUGGCCCAUGUCAUGGUGCACUGGAUGUGGAGCCGGGCGGUGGAUCCCGACAACUCGGCCAUCCCCUACCUGACAGCCCUGGGUGACCUGGCGGGCACAGCUCUGUUGGCACUCUCCUUCCUUCUGCUGGAUGCCAUCGGAGACGGAGAUGUAUUACCAUAGUGACUAAUAUAAUCUUAGAGAUGAACUCGGACAUGUGAGUAUAUUUUGAAACUCUGAAUGUUUCUACGGUUGAUUUCGGUGGCACUGUAGCCGUUCUGGGAAAGUUUCCUUUCUGCAUUGGUGGUGUAGGUGUUAUGCGCAUGUCCUGUACGCUGCGACACUGUCUUGAUUCUCCUGGUCACUGACCGUCUGAAUACACACGUGGUGCAAGGCGUCGGUGCAAUGAACUGUGGUCUGUGCCAAUCCACCGCACCUCCUGUUUUAGUGGCGACACUGACCAGUGUGUCUCAAGAACAUGGAUGUGUUGUCAGGAGUGUUUUGAUGCUUUACAGUUAUGGCUCAUCUGCUAGGUGUUACGUAGGGAAAUUCUUGCUUUGUACUAACCGAGCCUUGCUCUUUAGAAAGCAAGUUACUGUGUUUACAGAAGGGGAAGAAAGGGGGUUUACCGAGGGGCCCGAUAUUUAUUAGUCACAUCAUAAGAAGCAAUAUGUUUAAGCAAUGAUGUCAGUGUUUGUUGGCUUCUUAUGAUGUGUUUACAGAAGGGUACUUAACCAGGCAGGUUGGUUCACAACAUCGGCAGGAAAAAACAGGGCAGUGGAGAGGACUUGGAAGAAAAAACUGUUGAAGAAAACGGUUCAGUGUCAGGAAAUUGGGAUUGGAAAUCCUUUUGCACUAUUUCCCUGCUGAAGCUACUGUAUUUUUGCUUGUCACUACGCUUUGAGGUAAUGCGUGCCGGGCCAGUUUGUAAGAGUGGCAGAGUGAAUUCACCAAUACUAGUGAGUCACUAUACAGCGCCGCUGAUAUCACCUAAAACUUUAAGGGCCACCUUGAAGAAUGUUACCUUUGCCACUUUUCUUUUUUUCUUCUUUUUGUGUGAGCUGAAAAAUGUCAUCAGCUGUUCUUCGAAAUCAAUUGGACUUUUUUGUUUGUUUCUUGCCCAGUCUGUUUGCAAAACUCAAAUGUAAACAAACUAGCACUUUAGACUGAUUGCAUGAACAGUUCCUGCUUUAUAUUGCCUUCUCGCCAAAUUCAUGCAGCACAGAAAAAAGCCAGGCACCAGACACAAAGAAAGUUCAUCCACCGCCUUCCGCUAAUCCCUUCGUGCGCACGGUGCUAGCCAAAUAGAAGGGUAAUGAAAAGGUCAGUGGCUCACAGUUGGCAGUCUGUCUUCCUCUCUCUGUGACACAUAGCCAAUUCUCUGUACUGAUUGAAAUGACCCACAUAGUUUUUUGCCGUACAUGCCUCGCAUAGUUUUUUGCCUUAAACAUGGCAAGUAACAGUGCCAAUGUGUUAUUGAACGAUCCAAGCCAUAAAAUGUGAUCUAUCUGCAAAAUUUGUGCAAGAACAGAGAAGCAGUAAGCGCAAUAUCUUUUUAUAAAUAUUAUUUGAAGGGAUAGACGUGGGUCUCUGUACUGCAUCAAAACGUGGUAAUAAACAAAAUGUUUCACGAAAUGACACCUGCCAGUGGUUUGGCCGGAACAGCCGUUUGUACCGUAGUGGACUCCCUUGCGAGAGCAAUAUUCUGUAAAUUGCAUUUUUGCAGCAAAGACAAUUUGCUGAAAUGAAGCGUGACUAAGUGCUGUUUUAUUUUUCCUUCAAAGUUUGUGAAUUUACCACUAUUGGGCACAUUGUCAGAGGGAAAUAUGCCUUUCUUUAUUUUUUCUUUUCAUGAGGCUAGUAUAGUCAUGAAGCACCUAUCAAAUGCAGCACAGUUGUGAGACAAAUGCGGCAGCUGCUCCUGUCAGCUUGUCAGAAAAGUGCUUGUCACAGCAAACAGAAGAUUGAAAUUUAGAGAACAAAGAACUUGUACAAAAGCAUGCAUAGCUGUGUGGGUCAUUCCGAGGUUGCACUCAGCUGAACACGUAGCACGAUCCCUGCUUCGUGCGAGAACUUGUAAUGUAUAACAUCACAUGACGGCCCAACCAAAUGCCAAAUGUGAAGUCACAAGCAGUUGGCCGAAAUUUAGUGGCCAAAGCCAGCGGCAAUGCAAUGACAACACAACUUCAGUGAAGGGAGUUUGCAGUGCUGGUCUGUUUUCGCAAUAUUGCACACGCAGCUGUACAACUGUGUAAUGACCCAUCACUUCUGUCGUCGUGACUUUGUGCAUGAAAUUGCCAAAGUAGACCACCAGUUCAGUCACCUUAACAGCCUAAAAACUGUGCAGACGUUCACAAAACUGGUCACCUGCAGUCUUGAUUGCAUUCCAUUCGUUGGACUGAUUUUUCAGCCAUAAGCAAAGUAAAAAAGAUGAAGCCACUGUAUAGGCAACUUACCAUCAAAUCUCUUGUAGUUGCUUGAGCUUGGAAUGAGUCCCCACAGACUACUACUAUAUUAUUGCUAUAGGUAAGAAUAAUUUUGGGGGGGGGGGGCAUGAGCCAGAUGUGCCCUGUGCCCUCCCUCCUCCUAAACACACCCAUUAAAGCUUCUUUCUGGGCGAGUUGGUGCAUACUUGACUUAAAAAUUGUAACAGCGCAAACACAUGCAUCCACAAAGUAACAAGGAUGAGACGCAAGCGCUGUGAGAUACACCCCCUUGCAUGUAUCCCACAACGGGUGUGUGUUCGGGGCAAGCCUUAAAGAAACUUAAAAGCGUGCUGUACUGACACAUCCCGUGGUGUCAUGUUUGUGGGAUUUUUACACACUAUAAUGUUCACGGGUGUAUAGGUAUGAAGCAGAGAAAUGUUCCGGUUAGUAGUGAACAACUAUGUACAACUAUGUGCUUAAACUACAGUGUGAUGACAAGCGAAGAAAGGGCAAGGUCAUGGCAUCAGACCGCUCAAACCGACACGAGUUUCAGGUUCAGCUUCAACUCAGCCGAGAAGUAGCUCAAACACAACUUUGCUAUGUCACAAAAUUGCAUGUGGCACGUUCCUGCACCGGUCUUGAGCUGGGACAUUCGCUAAGCGUUUUCACCCUGUGUUUCCUUGUGUACUUGGCAGGAGUACUUGACACAACAAAGAAAAGCAUGAUUCUGAACAUGAUGGAUUGGGAUGAAAAAUGUGGCAACACAUUCUCAAGCUGUGCUCUGGCUCUGGUACUUUGGCUCUUGCUUUACUUUCUUUUGCUUGUACCAUGGUGAAGAACUAAAGUCGGGAACACGCACCCCUUUGACUACUGCAUGCUUCUUCAUGGCUUGCAGGAAACUGAGGUGGCGGUGCUUUUUUGGUUGUUGCUGUGUUUAACUUUCAAAUUGGCCUCAAAGCCAGUCCUUUCCCCAACUUAUUUUAUUUAAAAAUUUCUUGCAGAUGCAGGGAGUGAAAGCGCUUGCAUUUGUGAAGAAUUUCGCCACAUGGGCUUUUAAAAUAUCUUUUUAAGUGCAGUCUGACUCAACAGUGUUCCUUUUUUUUAAAUUUUUGGUAACACAAAUGUUCGAAGGGUGCCUGACGCGUUUGUUCAUCAGGUCGUUAAAGUGUUGGCACUUGAAGAUGUUUUGUUAUUUGCUGUUUUAUUCUUACACUGUCAAUCCUUGAUCAACAUACAGUGUGUUUACACUAACUUAUUGUAGCUUGUUCAGUGCCGAUUGUAUGCACCUGUUGUUAUUUUGUGCACUACUGCUGUACUUAUUUGUGUCUUACCUGCUUGUGCAAGAAUUCUGACCAUGUAAGUUGCCAGAAAACGAGUGACAGCUGUGUCAUAUCGCUGACCUAUAGCAUUGCAGGGUUCUGCACACAUUCUUUUUUUGUGACUGUCAUGCCCUCAUUAUGAAUGUGAUACGCUGUCUGCCUUUCUUGUACCAUUAUCAUUUUUUUUUCUAGCACUGCGUUAGGUCCCUUUUUAGAACUGUGUGUUUGAGUCGACUAAGCUGUGCUCAAGUGCGUUACUGUUUUGAACAGAUUUGUUCCAAGUUGCGGCUUGCCGCAACUACAUCCUGCACAUCCUGCACUAUGCUGGGAUCAGCAGAAAGUAUGAAGUCAAUUUCAUUUCUUGUUUCACCAUUAGGGCUUUUCCAGGUCCACUUCUUCUUGCUACGCUUUCUGAAAAAGGUGUUCAUUAUUCGAAGCCUAUUCCUUUCUGCGAAUUCUACCAGCAUCUCUCCUCUAGCGUUCCUAGAAUCGAAGCCGUAGUUGCCAAUUGCUUGUUCACCAGCCUGCUUUUUCCCCACUUUUGCAUUGAAGUCACCCAUUACUACAGUACAUUGAGCUUGCACUUUUCUCAUCGCUAAUUCAACAUCUUCAUAAAACUGAUCUACUUCCUCACCAUCGUGACUGCAUGUUGGAGCGUAGGCUUGUACUACCUUUAAUCUAUACCUCUUAUUAAGCUUGAUUACGACUACAGCUACCCUCUCAUUAAUGCUGUAGAAUCGCCUUUCUUUUUUUAAUGAACGUAAACAAGGUGGAUUUAGUUGCCUUAUAGCAAUGACAGCCCCUGCUUUUCAUGUAUAAGAUUCAGAGCAGAUAGAAACCUCACAAAGGGAGUAAAGACAAAGGAAACUGUGCGUGAGCCACUGUUCAGGUUUGACAGUUACGAUGUGGUCAGCAGUUCCCUCUUGCUUUUCCUCCUCCUCCCCCAUAAAAAGAAAAUGCUGCUACUAAUACUACACUUCAACGGAUAACAGUGAGAGCUGUACAUUCUGCUGAUUUUGGUAGCCAUGUACAUCACAGCUUCAAAUGCCUACUAUCUGUGUGCUAGGAAGAGGUGCGCUUUGUCAAUGAUGAUGCACUGGUGCAGUAUCUGCGACGCAGUGGUUUCUGAAGUGUGCCAGGCUACGUGCUGUACAGUACAGAAUCCAAGUGCGCACAAAAUCUCAUUCUUGACCAAGACAGUUCAGUAGAAAUCACAGAAUGUUGCCAACCAUUUAAGCUCUCUGCCCAAGCAUAUAGUGGCAAAUAGUUCCUUUGUUGCUAGCAGAAAAAGUCGCAUGCAGCUCGUAAACUCUCACUGAAAUGGUCAUUGAAGCAAGAGCAGUGUGUCUCGAGAUUUUGCCAGCAUUUCGAAUUAUUUGGUCGGAGUGCUGCUGUAGGGCGGUGCAGGUUAUUUUAUGAAGUGUGGAUCUCCCUGUCUGGAGCAGUGUUUAUUGAUGUUACUGUAGCGACACUAUGCUUGACCCAGAGCAAAUGCACUCAGACAUCCCAAACAUUUGACUGCUUAUACAGUGCAGUAAAGCUGCAAUGCUUUCUGGACAAAUGUUUGUACCCAAUGACACAGCGUGGGAAAAUUAUGGCACAAGAUAAGACGGCUCGAAUUCUUUCUCAGCCUUGUGGAGCUUGCCUCCACUAACUAUGUUGUGUGCUCUGUGGUAUUUGGAAUAAGUUCUUUAGCUUGCUGGUUAACAGCUGCAUGGGCUCCUACAAGCUAGACUGACAGCUGAAGCUAGCAAGUAAGGAUAUGUUUCGAGACGUGGGCUUGAUUUUCCAAAAUAUAAUCAAGAUGCUGUAAGGCCUAUCUGAAACAAAAAGCCUGUGCACCUCUGCAGUCAGUUCAGAAUUAGAGGACAGUGGCAUAGUCAAGUUACUUUCAUGUGCUCCAUAUUUGCAAAUUUGCGACCAUGUAUGGCACUCCUUGCAGGUCAAUCAAUGCCCCAUUUACAUCACUUUUUAAAGUGAUGCUUUCAGUCUCAAAUCAUCAGCUAAUGCUAUUAAAUGAUUUUUUUUUCAAUGUUUCUAUUUUGCAUGACUUGGAAAACAAUUAAACUCUGUCAUGUCCUUUUAAGCCCAUACCAUGGCUAAACUCUGAUUUUGUGUUAAGAACAAAGUCUUUCUUACAAAAGGAAUAUUUGUCUUCAUUCAGAUGCCUUUCUCUCUGAAUAGCUUCGAGCAUCACGUUACAAAAGAUACAUUAGCAGCACUGAUGUAGUGACAGAUAUGUGCACUCAUCUUAAAACUAUCUUUCCUCUUUUUAUAUUCGUCAUGCAACAAAAUGAAACAAGUUUAUUCAUACAACGUUGCCAUCGCCAAAGGCUUUGAAAGGAUCAGAUAGAGCAGAAUCUGUGAGCUAGUGUCUGUGCUCUUGUUUCACGCAUCGAAAGGUCGACAGUGAAUGAACCCUUUUCUUUGGAAAGCGCUCCGUAGUCCAGUAGUGCUUGAGGUGUCGUUGCGUGAAGCUGUGUGUUGUGGCGCCUGUGUUGCUAACAUUUCUGUCCUGGAUUAAUGUUGCCACCUGUGUUGUCCCCCAUUGUCCCUUCCCAUUAGUCACUUUCCUUUGUUUCCCUGCCUAGUCAGUAGGCAUGUCGCCAUGCCACCUGUGUUCCUCUACUUGAACUGCAGAUUCAAAGAUAUUUUUAUACCGGUGUUGUUGAGGCCGUGUAUUUUUGUAUCCUUUUGAGAUGGACUGUUUGAAGCCAUGUUGAAAACAUUCCUGGCAGGUGAUGCCGAAGCCACUGUGUCCCAAACCCGUCGCCGCCUGCAUUUUCACGCCCAUUGUGACAUGCUUUCCGCCCCGUAGUCUCUGUUGUGAACUUGCAUGAGCAGUUCCGUAGUAAACGUUCUGGUUCACUCACGUGCAAAUGCGUGCAUCUCUGUGACUGUGCAAAGCUUGUGUCACGACCAGAACACAGUAAGUAGCAGGUGUGCAGUAAGUAGCAUGACAGAUGACUGCGUGUGCACUCCGAUGCCGUUAUGACAUCAUGUAGCACGUUGUCUUCUUUUGUUGGUUUUGAUGGCUGUAAUUUCCACUAAGCAAACUCCUGAAGUGAGUUGGUGCUUUUUCAACCACAGAUAUGCAAUAUUGUUCCCACAUGUCAAGUAUUUUUGAGAGCUCGUGUGUGCAAUCUUAUAUUUGCAAACACCACAAGACUUCCCAAGAAAUUCAAUAUUUUUAAUCUAUUUUGCUGCUGUUGGCUGUCAGUCAUGCUGAAGAUGCAAGAAAUUUGUUUUCAGUGGACAGACUUAUUUGUGCCAGAAGGGAUUAAAUUAUGUGUGCAGUACAAUCCACUUUUAAAGAACAAUCAGUUAGUAUUUGGCUACUGAUUACAGCUUGAAUUAUGUUAUGAAGACUAUUCUUUAAUGCAUAGAUGUCAGCAUAUUGUGACCUAUGAGCCUUUCUCUUUUCUCUCAAUAAAGUAGAAGUGUUUCAGUUAAA